AUGUUUUGUUUACUAUGUGUUGGCUGGUUGUGCUGUACAGACGUGUACAGCAUUUUACAACGUUUUUUGAUGAACAUUAUUUCGGGAUAUUCAAAAAUUGAACUGACUGUAUUAUGAGAUUUUAUCGUGUUUUUCAUAAUCAGUAUUGGUUUUGAUAAACUACAUUAAACAGUUGCGAUCAAGGUGAAACAAUGGCAGCUUAUGCUGUAGUCAAUGACGGAGAUAUUGCAACACCAGUUGGCGAGCAGUAUCCAUAUAUUGCUGGAGGUGAUUUCUUAACAACGUUCCAAAAUUCAUCACCGUCUAUCACUCCACAAAACAGCACAGACAUGGAACUUGAAGGGGAGGAAUAUAGCCAAGCACUCACCAAGAACAGAGCGAGGGCAAUGACUCCCCCAGCACCACAUACAACGCGACCUACACGAAUCGAUGUUCCAAAUGAACUAAAGAAAGGCAAGAGUGUACCACUUGUAAAGCGGGAAACAGCAAGAAUUGUUGAACUUUAUUUAAAACGACGAAGUGUUAGCUUAUCAAGUGCUGAUUUAUCUGAGGAUUGUCGAAGAGUUAAAAGACGGAAUAAAAAAAAGGAAAAGCGGAACCAUACAAUCUCCAUUACGUCAAAUAUCAGCAGCGACUCAAACGAUCAUAUCUUUUCAACACGUGCUAGUGACAGUUUCUGCAAAGAGCUUAGUAAAAAGGACUAUGACAUUGAAAAUUUAGACAAUAUACACAAACCUAUUGACUUGAAUCGUGAAAAAUCAAACUCUGCACCGUCCACUCUAAGGUUUAAGGCAAAACCCUGUGAGCAAGAUUUUGAAAAAAUUAAAAAAAUGAAAGAAGAAGGGUUACUAGAUCCUUCAGAUGAUUUGCAAAUCCAUGUAAAUACGGGAAAAAAGAAAUUGAAACGACGAAAAACAUUAAUUAAUCGUGCAAGAAGUUUGAUAGGCUCUCCCACUGCACCACGCAAAGAACGGAAGGACUUGGACAGUAAAGAAAAGGAAAAUCGUUCAAAGGUACAUUCCGAGAUGAAGAAAACAGGAUUUGGAAAACGUCUCAGAAAAAUGUUAGGCAUAGAGUCCAAGAAACACAAACAAGGAUCAAGUGAAUCUGUUUCAUCACCCAUCGCAAAUGGUAUAAAUUAUACCAGCUCUUUGGAAAGUGAUCGCUCGUCUUCAACUUCACCAACUACUCCAUCUCGUGAUGAACGCAGAAAGAUAAAAAAGUUUCCUAGUUUCUUACGUAAAAAACCUAGGAAGGACUCGCCAUCCAAUAAUGAUAGAUGCUCUCCCUGGCAACAGUCCCCGCUGAAUGAGCAGAAUGAUAAGACAACUUUUUCCAGUGCAACCGAGUUUCAGUACCAAGAUACAAGACACCAAGAUGUAGUACGUUCAAUUUCUCAACCAAAUCAUAUUCUGGCGUCAACCGUCAUGCAACAUCCACCGCCGAGAUCUGUAUCACGCCCAACUUCCCUGAACAUCUCUUCAUUUUCUGAUCCAACUCGAGGUUUUAAUGAAGUGCUACAUAUUAACAGUCCAUUGCGGCCUGGAAUUGAACUUCGUGGUGGUGGGCAACCAGCACCACGUCAAGCCCCUUUGGCUAACUUUGAUGAUGAUCUUGAGGUUGAUGGCCUUAGUGGAGAUGAAACUAAUGACAAGGAUGCAUCCAUUGACUCUGUCUCUAUUGACAUGGCAUCCAGCACAACUUCAGUUGAUGAACAUGAGGAUAUGUAUCGUGAAGUUGCCGAGAGACUAGCAGCCAUGGGGGAUGGAAUAGUAGAGGGUGCUGUUGGGGGUCAGGGUGCUGCUUCGUCAUCACAACCAACGACUUGCACAGCUGAAGCUACUGUCUUACAAGAUAUCUCUAACAUGCAUAUGGCAAACACCUUCUCUGAAGACAAUGUCAUACAUGUUGUCUUAGACACCACCUACCAGGCAUUCUCUACCACAGUGGGCAACCUUGUCGGUAAUGGCCAGGGCUGGAACCAGGUGGCACUGGUCCUAAGAUUUACGAAAGUCGCUAUGCAUACAGCCAGGAAAAUUGGUCGACAUGCUACACAGAUAAAGAACAACAGUAUUGAGUACAUAUCAGAUCACUUUGCUGAGUGGGUAGGAAGCCAAGGAGGAUGGGAAUCAAUCAUAAUUGAUGAUAGUGAUGAACAUGACGGAUCGGUUAUUGAAUGAGAUGCUAAUAACUAUGCAGGCUAGAUGAGCUUUUGGGAAUGGUGCAAAAGAAAACUUUUUAUUUUAUUUGAAUACGAAUUAUGUAUAAAUUAUUCAGGAAGCAUUUUGUCGAUGGUUUGAAAUAAGAACUUCAAACUAUGAUAUUAUUACAUUUUUUCCUGAAGAAUAUUCCUAAAAAAAUACUUUCCAGGUUAUUUUGGUGCAAAAAGUUUUCCUGUUUUGGAACUUUAUAUCAUUUGUAAAUAUAUUUAAUGCUUCUGCGAUAAUUUUAUUAGGAAUGUUGAUGAAGUUUUAUGUUUGCAAUAAUUUUAUAGAAAACAUUGAUUAUGUUAUCUUAUGUUAUCUUUCAAUCAUUCCUACUAAUGCAUUUUUAUAUUAAAUUAAACAAAAAUUCAGUGGAAAAAUUAUUGUUGAAAAAAACGUUUCUGAUUUAUUUGUAAUUAUACUGAAUUGAUAAAUUCUAAUAGAUUUACCUUGAUGUACAUGAACAUGUUUGAAUAAUUGAUAAACAGAUAUGAGAAUUGAUUUUGUUGAAUGAAUAAAAAAAAGUAUAAAAGAUGUUUUAACUUUCAAAGGAAUUACAUUACUGUAUUCCAUUUUCUGAGUUUCUUGCAUUUUCCCUUAUUUUGUGUUCAGUUCUUUUGAACUUGACCAAAAUAUAAAAUGGGGUGGAUCAUUUGUGUUUGGCAAAUCAUACAUUGAACAAUGAUUGAAGGCCAGGUAUUUAGUAUUGUAAAAUAUAUUGUAGUUUAUGUAGAGUACUGUACUUUGUUUUGGAAAGUAUUUUUAUUGAAAACGAUAAAACAGACCCUCUCCUUAAAUAAAAUUGAACACCUUGUUUCAAGAAAUAUAAACUGUACUUCACUUUUUGGAGAAAAAUUUUAUUGUCAAAUAUUUUUACUACCUUCAAAACGUUUUGUUACAAUGUUCAUUUUCUGUGAUGUAAAUUUUCUCACAUAAAUAUAUUUUGAAAAGAGAGAAAUACCAAAAAACAUGUUUUGCAGGUUUAACACUUAUCCUGUAAAAUAGACAGUGCAUUUGGAAAUGCCCAGACUAUCAAAUUUUGUUUGACAUGACUAAAUAUGGUCAUCAUGACCGGGCACAACAGGACCGGGACGGCCCGGUCGCUCCCCCCUGCCCCCAUUUUCUGGAGAGUUAAAAAAAAAACAAAGAAAAGAAAAAGAAAUAAUUGUUCACCCAAAACGCAUCAGAGGUUAUUUUCGGGCAUCUAGAAAACAAAAAAUUCGCGGGGAAUGCCCCGGACCCCCUAUGGUAGUGUUGUCUUGAUCGUCCCCACUUUUGAAUUCCUAUUUUCGGAUAUCUCUGUAUACACCCCUGCACAUCAGGACUAUGGGCAUGCAACAUUUUUUUGUCAAAGAAAAUUUGAUGGUUUGAUUGCCUAAUAAUUUUUAAACAGCAAACAUGAUGUCAUUCUUAGAGAAAUUAUUGAAGAUAAAACAUGAAGGCUGUUACAGGGACAUUACCGUGUGACAUUUUAAAUGGUUUCAGGACAUGUUGGAACUUGAAACUUAAAACUUAACUUUAAAAAUUAAUUAGAGAAUGUUUUGGACAAUGCUGAUGCCAUGGACUUAACAAAAUUUGUUUGUAGUUGUGUCAACUUUUGUACCUGUAUUGAAUUUGUCAACAAUUCAUGGAUUACUAUGAAUAUUAAAGAAAUAAUCGAAGAAAUAA